AUGAACACCGCGGAACAGCUAUCGUGUCCAUUCUGUGACUUCGCUGAUGCCGACGCAGAUUUUUUGGCUCAACACGUAGAACUCUGUCACCCCGAAAAUGGCACCUCGCCCUUCCUAGAAGCAGAGGAAGAAACACAUAUCGGAACUACCAGAAAGCCGGAGUGGUGGCACGGUGACACACCACUAUACACUGAUGAAGAUGCAGAGACAGACAUUAAAUAUGUUGACUGUCCUACUGGAUGUGGUGAGGCAGUGACUGAGGAUCAGCUCAUGAGCCACCUAGACCUACACCUUGCGGAGGGCCUGGCCCUCGAAGAACCCAAGGGAUUUGAUACCAGAGGCACAAACAUGAGAUCAUCCGGAGGCAUCGAAGAAGAUGAAGAAAUAUCCCCCACAUUAAGCAAGGCGCUGGGGAAACACGAUGGGAAACGGCAGCGAGAUGCACCAAUAUACGCAAAGGCCCCGAAGCAGAAGAAGAAAAUGAGAAAAGCUGGCCAGCUUGGGACAACGGAGCUAGGGCCAUAUGCUCGAGAGCCCAAGAUGCCUUCAUGGCUACACAAAAUGCUUAAAGAUGGGCCUGACAUUACCCGUGAGAAUAGGAUAUCACCGGACGGCACAUUGCACAAAGUUGAGAUCGUCUCAAAUGAAACGCCAGGCCUUAUCCCGGUUAUUGCUCGGCUCUGCCAACAAGAUUACUCAGUAGAGCAAGCCUACCUCUGCAGUCCUAAUGUUCGGCAUAUAUUUAAAAUGCAAAAAGAAGGUGGAUUCUGUGGGUAUCGUAAUAUUCAAAUGCUUGUUUCUUACAUCCAGGGAAACAAUGCAACGGGUCAUGAGCAUUUCCCCGGCAGAACCCCUUCGAUAUUAAAACUACAGGACAUGAUAGAGCAAGCCUGGGAUAAUGGUUUCAACAGCCAUGGGCGGACAGAGACUGGGGGAAUAAGAGGCACACGGAAAUAUAUAGGAACCCCUGAGGCUGCGGCGUUGUUCCAAAAUUCGGGGAUACCGUGCCGCCCGAAAGUCUGCAGCGAGACGACAGAUGAUAAGGCCUUUGAAUCUCUCUAUUUAACAGUAGCCGAGUAUUUUCUGAACGGUAAAACUCCUGGCUCUGGGAAGCAAAUUGUUCAGACGGACCUCCCUCCGAUAUAUCUACAACAUGCAGGUCAUUCGAUGACCAUUGUUGGAUUCGAAAUCCGAGAAAACCGCAGCGUUAACCUGCUUGUGUUUGACCCAAUGUUCAAGACAUCGCCUGCAACUUCAAAGCUGGUCGGAACACAGUUCAACACUGAAAAGCCCGAUUCCUAUCUGAAGGCAUUUCGAAGGACUAGCAGAUAUUUGCGACAAUUUGACACAUUUGAACUCCUGAUGCUCGAACCGUUAACAGAGAAGUCUACAUCCGAGAUUGAGUAG